AUGGCCCAAAACGAAUGCUAUAUCCUCCGUCUCUCAACGGAUCUCGUUCUCCAGAUCUUGGACUGUAGCCCACUGUCAACAUGCUUUGACAUAGCACUCACUUGUACUACCCUCCACCACCAGUGCCGGAAGCUUCUAGAUCUUCACCGUGAAGCCGAUGCAAAGUACAGAGUCACAUCGGACCUGUGUCCGGAAACUAUGAUUGAUCUACUUAAAGAUAAUACCAGAGCCAAAAUCGAGAGGUGGCAUGUCCGUGAGCUGGAGAUCUGGGGUAGCCGAAAUGAUUGGGAAGAUUGGCGACCAUGGGUUCCCCAAUUUCCUGGGACUUGCAGUCUUGCUGGUGGCUCCCCCACAAGGCAUGGGCUGGAUUUGCAAGACAUACAAAAAUACAUCCGCACUGCACUGGAAUUAUGGACCUUUUGGAGAUUCGACUCUGAAGCUAUCCAGUUGGAGCUUGAGGCUGGCAAGGACGGGUUCCUCAAGCUCCUCCUCAUUGCGACGUGUCCUCGUCUUCACAGUCUGCGAUUCGUCAAAAGAGGUUACGAUCCUCACACGACUCUCGAGUGGAUGAGAGAAGUCAUCAAACACAGCCGUAGGGCAUGGAAUGGACCACAUGAGAUGCAUGGUUUUGAAUCCCUGCGAGGUAUCGCAGUUGGUAUCGAGACAGAUCAACGUUUGUGGAACAACACAAGUCCCCUACGCGAUGCCCGCGACUUUGCAGCCCUAUUCUACAUGCCAAACCUUGAGAGUCUCUACUUCAAUGAUUUGCACUGCGAUCUAGUUGCCGACGCAAACGACGUAUACUACGAUGUUGUUGCCCCAUAUGAGUUUCCAUGCGGCACUUCGAGCGUAAAGCAUCUCUUUAUAGAUGGCGCUUCGGGCUCCUUUGCCAAUUAUUACCGAGCCAUAGCAGAUGCGUCAAAGAAAUUAGAAUCGGUCGUUUUGAGAGUUGCCAGUGAACACCAGCAACAUAUUUACGACGUGGAUAUGUUCGUGGGCUCGCUGUCUUUGAGUAAUGGGAAGACCCUACAAAAGCUCAUCCUUUACAACCCGCGCGGUAUGCUUGGCGAUCAAUACGGCAACUAUCUACUCGAUGACCUUGACGAAUUUCGAAACUUGAAGCUGUUUACGUUGUCGGUUUACGACUUAGCGCUUGAAGAGCUUUACCUGAUGCAUACUUCUCCCAAUGUAGAGCGGCUUGCGGAAUACGUCUCUGGCUCUUUCCCUGCUAGUACUGAAGCUCUUUAUAUCUGGGGACGGUCGGACGAGUAUGUGGACGUCCCAGCAUCUGACGAUAUGCCAUCAAAUAUCCUCGACUCAACACUUGCGUCACUCAUCGAAUCUAGCGUCCUUGAGAACCUUAAGGUCGUCUACCUCGCGGACUUUGAGAUGCUACAGAUCGCUUUUGAAGAACACAUCGAUGGGGAUAUCAAGGACACGGACCCAGGGCAACCGAUUCUGCAAAAGUCUGUUGCUGCAGGACUCAAGGCUGGUGUGCAUGUGUGCACGCUGAUGAAUAGAGAUGAUGGCGGUUAUUGGAAAAGCUUUCCUGCCAAGCCGGAUGGGUUUGAACUGAAGACUGGUCCUUGCUAUGGCGAAAGGCCCGCAUCGUGGAGGUUGAAUUUGCAGUCUGGCGAAUGGGGCCCGGAUUGUGAAGGCUGCGGAGAGUGUAUGGACUGCUUGGCCGUGUAUCCUGCUGAGUUGUGGAAGAGUGGCCGUUCUUGA